AUGGCCUCUGCCAAUCUGACGCCCUCCAACCCCUCCGCGUUCCUGCUGCAAGGCAUCCCGGGGCUGGAGGCCUACCACAAGUGGCUCUCGGUGCCUGUGUGCGCCAUCUACAUAGUGAUCAUCGCUGGGAACUGCACCCUCCUCCUGGUCAUCGCGACCGAGCCCGCCCUGCACAGGCCCAUGUGCUACUUCCUCUGCAUGCUGGCCACCAUCGACUUGGCCGCCUCCACCUCCGCCCUGCCCAAGGUGCUCUGCAUCUUCUGGUUCCAGGGCGGUGAGAUCCAAGCCGGUGCCUGCCUGGCCCAGAUGUUCUUCAUCCACGCCUUGUGCAUGAUGGAGUCGGCCAUCCUGCUGGCCAUGGCGCUGGACCGCUACGUGGCCAUCUGCUUCCCGCUCCGGUACAGCUCCGUCUUCACGGGGGCGCUGGUGGCGAAGAUGGGCGUCGCUGCCGUCGCCAGGGGGACGCUGCUGAUGGCCCCUUGCCCAUUCUUGAUCAGGAGGUUGUCCUUCUGCCGGACCAACGUCAUCCGUCACACUUACUGCGAGCACAUGGCGGUGGUCAAGCUGGCCUGCGGGGACACCAGCGUCAACCGCACUUACGGGCUGUGCGUGGCGCUGCUGGUCAUCGGGGGAGACCUGCUGUUCAUCGGCCUCUCCUACUGCCUGAUUGUCCGCGCGGUCCUGCGGCUCUCCUCCCACGAGGCCAGGCGCAAGGCCUUCGGCACCUGUGGCUCCCACCUCUGUGUCAUCCUCAUCUCGUACAGCCCUGCCCUCUUCUCCUUCUUCACUCACCGCUUCGGCCACCACGUGGCUCCCCACAUCCACAUCAUCCUGGCCAACCUCUACCUCCUCUUCCCUCCCAUGCUGAACCCCAUCGUGUACGGAGUGAGGACCAAGGAGAUCCGGGAACGGGUCGUCAGGGUCUUCCUGCCAGGAAGGGACACCACCAAGUCCAGGCCUGACUGA